AUGGACGCGACCGGUUCUACAGCAGUCAAUGCACUGCCGACGUUGACCAAAAUCCCGAUCGCGCAGCUAUCACCAACCCUUGAAGAGCUCGAGGAGAAGUGUAUCCUUGCGACUGUUAGUCUCGUUUGGCCGUAUUCGUCCUCGUCCAAGUCUCUCAGCCUUUCGCUCGCUGAACCCGAUUUUCGCCUCCGUCGGUCCAAUGGACAAGUAAAGGCGACCUUUCAUGGGCGCGCCGCAGAGAAGGUUGCGGAAUCACAUGUCGGAAUUGGAGAUACCAUUUGCCUCGCCCUGAAAGGUGCUGACUUUGGUGGCAAUGAUGCAGCCACGCAAACUCCUGGAAGACUUGUUGUGUGGGAUCUUCAAUUUCACAACGGCGUGUCACUCGAGAUCACUUCUCCCUCAAAAAGUUUGUCGACAGUAAUCAUCGAGCAGUCCCCUAGCCCAUCGCACGAUACAGAGAAACAGCUGCCUUCGACCCCCCGCGCAAUCUCAAUACACGACAUAGCUUAUGGACAGAGUUCCUGGUCUUCGCCGGCAUUCGCACAAAGUGGAAAGUCCCCGUUUAAGGCUGCACGAGACUCUGCUUUUGACCCGUUUACCGACGAGGAUGGGUCUAUACUUGGGAAAGGCAGAAAACGGCCGAGAUAUAGCUUUCAAAGAGACGACUGGCGCAUUGAAAGCACAUCGACAAGUGGCCGAGAAGAAGGCUCAGAGGACCUGGAAAACAUAUGGGAUCGGGAAUUUGAGGAUGAAAUGAACACCGAAGGAGAUGGGCAGACCACUCUGGAAGCUCCCUAUGACAAUGACGCUUCUAUUCUGGAUGAUACCGUCUUUGCGGAUCAGGAAAAUGUCGGAAGCCCAUUGCAAGAUCGUUCAUCCGUUUUUGUGAAGCCUUCACUUGAUCUUGCUGUAAGCCUUUUCGGCAGGCGAGCGCCUCAUAUGAACCAUGAGACCACUGGACAGAUUGGAACUGGCAUGCAAGGUUCGGGAGCAGCCUCUCAUCUUCCUACAGAUACACCUCAGCUACGCCCGGUGCCAUCGCCCGGACUUCCAAUUCCUUCACCUAUCGUGUCCAGUAAUAAUUACUCAACGGAGUACUUCUCGCCAUCCCACGCCCAACAACAAGCACAGACUCUUCGAUCCAUUGUUACUGGAACGGAAGCGGGGACUGUUUCUCUAGUGCAGAGCUUCGUGGCUCACUUUUCACACAGCUCGCAAUUCCAAACAACUUUAGCUUCUACGGAGCGGCUAGACACGACACAGCAUGCUCAAUCCCUCUCAAGUCCAUCAUUGAUGGGAGAGCAAGACCAGGAACCACUUCAGGAAGAAGGCCACCGCGCCGAACAGACUCAUGAACAAUCGACCGAGAUUUACAAUUCGCCAACCUUCCAGAAACACCUGGAAUUGAAUGAAGCUCAUAUUGAAAUGGGAGAAACCGAUGAUACCCACAUGAUGUCUGUUGCGGAGUCUGUCGGUCGCCAACCCGGGGAAACUGGCGGAGCUGAAAAAGCACCGGAUUCUGAGAAGGAUCCCUGGCACGAAAAACUAGCAUCUGGAUCAGAAAGCGAGGGAUCCGAAGUCAAAGAUGUCCAGGGAUCACCGGCGCAAAUAGGCCGUGUCUACGGCGAUGCUAUGGUGAAUGCUGCUCGCGCGAUUGUCGACAUGGAAACCGCCGAAGACGAAACUAGUGAGCACGCACCAGAAGCAAUUGAAAGUGAAGCUAAAGUUGUGGAAGCUGCUCUGCCCUUGCAAGAUCAUCCAGCUAGUCUAAGUUCCAGUCAAGAAAGUGACGGCGAUGAACAUGAAGCCCUCUAUGAUGAUCAUGAUGAUGCAGAAGAUUUCGUGGAGGAAGAUUUCGUGGAGGAAGAUUUCGUGGAGGAAGAUGGCGUGGAUGAGGGGGAGUGUGGCUACGAAGACGGGUAUAGUAGUGACAAGGAUCCUCAGACAACACAGCCGCCUUGGCCACAACAAUCCCAACCUGAAAUCAUAGUGCUCGACAGCGACAGCGAAGAUGAGCUUGCUUCCGAUCAACCGGCCUCCACGCCUUCGCAACCCACACAACGAGAGAGCAACUUUAUCCGUGAGCCUUACAUUGAGUCGCGCGUUGCGACAUACGCAGCAGAGGAGGAAGACGAGCUUUAUGGAGUAGACGAAGAAGAGAAUGUCGAGGAGGAGGAGGAGGAGGAGGAGGAGGAAGACUACGAGUCAGACUCUGAUGCGCUGGAAUUUAGAUACCAAGAUGGAGACGAUGAACGAGUCCAUGACAGUGACAUUGACGACGAGUCUUUGGUGGAAGAGUUAGCACACAACCAUCACGCUGAGCAACAUUUGCGUCAAGAAUUUUCUAUCGACGAAGAACCCGUUGGAGAAGAGCACGGCAAUGAUGAACUUGACGCGAGGGAGCCGCGUGAAACCCAGCAUGACUCUAAAGGCAAGGAGAAGGCGGAAUCAGUCAUUGAUUCGGACUCAAACGCAGAGGAAACCAAAAAAGCAUAUGACGAAGAGCCAGAAGAACAAUCCGAUUAUGAUUCCGACCAGAAAUCCGAAGUGGAGACUGAAAAACACAAGCAAACAGGCCUUUUGGAACCCGGCUCCUCUGAUCGUUUCGUGAGCAGCCUGGACGGAGCCAAUGAUCGAGAUUUGCCGCGAUCUCUCAUGGAUGCCGACGUGGACGAAGAUAUGGGAAAAAAUCAGGAAGAAGACGAGAUGGAAUACCAGGGCGAAGACCAGGAAGAAGGUCCUAAGGAGGAAAAUGUCUCCCAACCACAAUCUCAGCAUUCUGACACCAAGGUCAAGCUUGUGAACAGGCAAUCGCUUGGCGAUACUGAAAAUCAGCUCCCAAUUUCCGAUCCUCAUCUAUAUUCCCCUCCCAGCCAAGAAAAGACCGAGGUUUCGCGUUCCCUCGUCGAGUCAGAACAACCUCGGGAACACUUUGGUCGUAUGAAUGAAGCUCACCUUGACAAAGCCCUCUUGCCCCUUGAAAAUGUCGCACCUGAGCCCCUUCCCGACACUUUGUACACUCGACAAGAUGACGGAAAAGACGGCGUGGAUGUCGUUGUACCUACCACCGAACAUGCUCAGGUCGAUCAGCAAAAAACGAAGACUUUGAGCGACAACAAACCUCCUGAAACGCCGAAAGUGAUCAUUACCAAAUCCUCGGUCCCUGACCGUCACGCCCAUGGAUUGCGCAGCAAGUCGUCUUACUUUGCUCCUCUUGCCACACUUGUCGAUCACUAUAACUCCUUGGUAGACACAAUCUCGACUGUCUACGAAGCAACGCCAAUCGUCAAAAGUAGCUCUGGCCCAAGAGACUAUUUCCUGACUGUUCAACUUACCGAUCCCUCUAUGGCUGGCACAACCCUCCAAGCCCAGAUCUUCCGACGUACCAAGUCAGCCAUGCCAUCUCUAGCUGAAGGCAAUGCGAUUUUGCUUCGUGACUUCAAGGUACGGAGUCAUGACCACUCGAUCAUGCUCGUCAGUGUCGAAUCGAGCUCGUGGGCGGUAUUCGAUGGCUCCUCACUAGAAGCACACGUGAGUGGACCGCCGGUGGAAUACGGCUCACAGGAACGCGCCUAUGCCUCCGGUUUGCGAAGAUGGUAUACCGAAGUUGGCGCUUCCCUUGUUGCAGACAAUAAACUUCAGGCGUCCAUUGAGCGAGAUAGUAUGGAUCGAGGAGUAACACCCAGCGACGUGGCUAUCAGUGAAGCUGGGAGCUUCGAGUCAGCCACCCCCGGCGAUUCAGUAUCAUCAUCUCGAGGUACCAAGCGCAACCGACGAAGAGACCGGCGGGUCACUAUUCACGAGCUUCGAGAUGGAACUCGCUACACGGAAGUUGGCUCCCCGGGCAGUAGAGAAAGCAUCCAUGAGCUGCGGGACGGCACUGUCUAUGCUGAUUUAUGA